CAUAACUUCCCUCUCCAUCUGUGCCUACUCCCAAGACAAAACCACAAAACUAGGGUUUCGAGCUUAACCGUUAACCAAACCAAAGCCACUUCAGAAUUCAAAUUCCAUCUCAAUUUCAACCAAUUCGAUCUGCCAACACUUUCAAAACCACCAAUCAUGAACACCCACAUCGCCGUCGAAUCGAUCAGCGCCCCAAAACCACCUGAAAACGACUACCAACUCAUGCUGAGAGAAUCAAUCGAUCACUUCUUAGCGGAAUACAAAAAGGGUUGUACAAAUUUCUCUGGGUUCGUCUCGAUUUUCUCUCGAUUGGUUCAGAAGAUGAACGAUCCUCCACUCGAGAUCACCUGGUUCUACUCGGCAGUGACAUUUCACAGCUCUGUCAAGCCAAUUCUCGAAAACCCUUCGAAGAAAGUAGUGAUAGCUGUGAAGGACUUGUUUCAAUUGUUGGUCUCGUGUUCGAGUCCGUGUAACAAUGGGUUAAAAAGGGUUGCUUUACUCGCCCCGGUCGUGUACGAGUUGUAUUGUAUUGUGUUUGGCUGUUUUGAUGGGGAUUUGUGCUUGAAGAGAGAGAUUGAGGGCGUAGUAGAAGAGAUUGUUUGCUACAUUAUCAUAUGCUGCUCAAAGUAUUCGGAGGAAUGGGAAAAUGGGUUGGAUAAUUUGACCGAUGGUUUUGUGGAUUUGGUUCGGGUUUGGACUGUUGAUAGAGUUAGGGAGGACUGUGAAUUUGGGGAUGAUUUGAGGGUGUUCCUUCCACUUGUUAGCGGUGAGGUUUGUAGUGGGGUUAAUGUACGGUGUAGAGCUGGCUACUUGGCUGGGGUUGUUAUGGUUGAGGUUUUUUUGCUGAGGUUGUGUUUGAAGUUCGGUUCUAGUGUUUUAAGAGAAGAGUUGCAGAAGGAUAUGCAAAAUUGGGCUGUUCAAACUAUAACAGGGUUUCAGAAUUGCUGCUUUUUUGAUAUUCUUCUCAGAAUGCUUUUGGAGCCAAGUUUGCCUGUCACCACCUUAUUGAGUAUUGAGGAUGAAGUUCUUCUUCGAGAAGUGUUGUACGAUGUUGUGAUAUUGGUAGAGUAUUCAUUUCUGAAAUCUCAAAUGUGGACUCAGUUACCUGGUGACUACUUUACAAAAUUUGCUGUGACAUGGUUGUUAGUUGCAGACAAUGCUGUACAGUUUGCUAGGGGAAUUUGUGACCAUACCAGAGCCAUUUCGUACAUAGACGCCUUCUCCAAUUCUUGCUUACCGAAUCAAUUAAUUAAGUGGUUCACUAAUCAGACCAGACUGGUGGAAAAAAUUAGUAGUCCAAAUGUUUCCACUCCCAAAGCUCUUAUCAGGUGGUUACUAGGCCUUGAAGAUCAAGGGGUUAGAGUCUUUGAUCAUGACAUUUUGAGACAACAUGCUAAAGCAAUAGUUUGCAAAUCAAAAAUAGCCCAUGAGAUGUCAGAAUCCAAACCCGACUGCGGAAACCUAACUGGUAGCAUCUUCUUUUGCAUUGAAGAUAAUCGGAGAGGACAAAAUAAAGCUGAUGAGGAUCAAGAGAUGGUUGAUUGGUUGGACGAUACAUUUGUUCCCACUGAUUACAUGGGACAUUCACCGGCAUCUGAGAGGAGAAGAAAACGCAAAGAUGGAAGACCAGAUGAAGGGGAAACACGGUUUAAGCUUGCCAAGUUUAAUUAUGAUGAAAACUUUGUCGGAGAGAUGUGUUUGCCUCGUUGUGAUGAUAAUUUGAAUGGUGGGAAUGAGGUUGAAAUCCAGUCUAUGGUUUAAGUAGUGGGAAUGAAGCAGAAAAUUUUGGUAACGAGGAUAUGGAAGCUAUGAAGACACGGUAACAAUGGUUGAUUGCAGUUUUGGAUCCACACCAUUUUGCACUGGUUGAUAGUGAUGAUAUGUUGUGAUUGCAGGCUGUUUCUGGUUUUGAGGGUUGUGUAUUUUCCCUCUGGUUGAGGACUAGGAAAAUGUGAAUUUGAAGUAACUUGUUUUGUUCAUGGUAGGAAUAUGUUUGGAGAGAAGCAUAUGAACUAGAAAAUGUAUACUUGAAGUUGAUGAUCUAUUUCUAUUUCUAUUACAACUACCUAUUUGUCUA